AUGAAGUGUUCUAUGGUAGCACGUGCUGCACUGAACUCUUUUAGAUCUCCAGAAUUGCGUAAAUCAGUUUUACAUUCCCAGUACGUGGCAUUGCUACAGCAAUCUCCGAACUUUUUGCUCUUACAACACAACAAUCUUCUUCCUUCUGAGUCUCGGAAUCUUCGUAAUGAAUUAAAGAAGCAUGCACCUGAUGCCAACUUGAAAGUUAUAUCCAACUCUAUUUUCCGACAUGCCUUGCAUGUAUACGAAAGCAUGCCAAAAGGCACUAACGGCAGUGUUGAUCUUGCUGCGGCGAAUACUGUAGCAUCUCAUAAGAAUGCAAAACGAGUUAAGCUUGACAUUGACGACUUGUUUGCAGGACCGCUCGCAGUUUUUGCUCUGGGACCAAGUGUAGCUCCCGAAAACAUUCGCGGGUGCCUUUCCGCAUUGAAAAGGUAUCAAAAUAAAAUGGUUUUACUUGGUGGUCGACUGGAAUCUGAAGGAUUUGAUUACUUCCAAGUCGACUCCAUAUCCAAAAUCCCCUCUCAUAAAGGUUUACAAACAAGUCUCCUUUCCUUACUUUCACAUCCUGCUCAGCAACUCAAGCAGCUCUUGGACAUGGCCAGAGGAGAUGUUGCCCACACUCUUGAACGAAGAGAGAAUUAG